UGUGAUCAAAACUAAGAAGUGUAACGAAACUAAUUAAAAAUGGCUGCCCUGUCACUGAAGUUAGGCAAACUUGAUGCCAUAUGUGCCAAGCUGAAGUGCGGCCUUUCAUCCAGCAAGGUGAACGACAGCAAUGGUGUCUGUGGCAACAAUGGCAUCAAUGAUGGCAUCAGUAUUGGCAGCAACACUGGCAUCAAAAGUGCCAUCAACAGUAGCAACAGCAUCGAGGAACAGUCAGUUCCGGUGUGUGCGUUGGACUCCGCUGCCAAAAAACAAGCGAUGAUGAAGUCUGCGUUCGUCGAAGUUCAGGAGAAGAAACUCGGAGAAGGUGCUAGCGAAAUAUCCAGUGGUGGAUCGCCUGAAAGCAAUAACAACAAUAAGAAACUUGCCGACUACAACAAGAGUUUCGAAACGACAGUGUGCCACACUUCCGACCUGAAUCCUUUGACAGGGUCGGGUCGCAAGAAGAGCCGGAAAUCUUCGACUCCAAGAAGCAUUCCUUUUAGCAAGGCGUUUAGUAGUUCGGAAUUCUGUGACGAAAAGGACGAUCUGUCUGAAUACGAAAUUAACAACCAGAGCAGAGAUUUGUCCUCGCGUGCUAGCAGUGACAGAGAGUUGGAAGAAAUGGAAGAAUUUUUAGACGAUAACAGUGCUUCAUUUGCCAGCUCCGGAGUCACGUCGCCAAAUGACUUCGACCGCUCGUCUAAUUGUGAAUUUGACGAAACGCCCGAUUUGGAGGAUGGAAAUGUUCACAGGCCUUCGGAAAGUAAGUCGAGAUCCCCUCUUGAUUUGUCCAUCGGGCGAAAUGAUGACGACUCGAGGGAAAGUUUGUCGACCGAUUUCAGUGACAGGGAUAUGGCACCGCCGUACAAGAACACUUUCGAUUCCACUGCUGACCAAUCGAUACAUUCCACUGCUGCUAAGGACCAAUCGCUGCAGCCCGUGCUCGUUGCCAGCGGCAACAGCCCGGAUGCGACGGAGGUGCGGGUUUUACAAGACUAUGCAAACAACACAAUGAACGAACUGCUGAGUAUUUACGGGUUCAGUGGACCGCCGGAACCGCUGACGAAGCAAAUUCCGUUAGAAAACUUUUCCAAAUACCAGAAAGCUGCUCAAAGCCUUGCUCAAAGUCUCGAGGGCAACAUGAAGGCGGGCGACCCGGGUAUGCCGACAAAAUCACACUUGUUACCGAACGGCUUCUCUCAGAGGUCGGCCAAGGGACUGUACUCUAGUCUUUCUGCCACAGCAAAGCUUGCUCAUUUGAAUGGAGGCCCCAAACAUCUCAACCGAAAUGCUGGUGGGGAGUUUUCCAAGUUCAAGUUGUCUCAUAUACGUGGACUGAAGUCUCCAGUCUCGGGAAGUUUCGUCAAAUCAGUGACAAGUCCGGGGCGAAAACUAAGUCAAGCCAAACAGAUUGCCGGUUACCCGGAUUAUACAAAAUACUUAAAAAGAUACAGUAAUGAAGAUGACUGUGCUAACCCUCAUUGUAAAGAUCUGGGCUACCGAGAUCAUUACCAUUGUCUGGACUGCAGCUUUAAGGUGUUUGUUAAGAAGGAGGAGAUGGUUCGCCACUUCAAGUGGCACAAGAAGCGCGAGGACUCACUCCAACAUGGCUUCCUCCGCUUCAGUCCCAUGGAUGACUGCAGUAAGAAGUAUAACAGAUGUACUCACAAUGGACGCCAGACACACUAUCAUUGUAUACAGAAUGGCUGUGAUAAAGUAUACAUCAGUACCUCAGAUGUCCAGAUGCAUGCGAACUACCACCGAAAGGAUUCGGCCAUCAUCCAGGAAGGAUUUCAGCGAUUCCGUGCCACAGAGGAUUGUGGGACGACUUCCUGCUCGUUCUACGGUCAGCGCACGACACAUUUCCACUGUCGACGAGCCACCUGUAACUUCACCUUCAAAAACAAAGCUGACAUGGAAAAGCACAAGAGUUACCACCAGAAAGAUGAAGUUCUGAGUCGCGACGGUUUUAAGAAGUUUAUGAAGUACGAGCACUGUUCUUUUACCAACUGCCGCUACUCCAAGAUCAGCAAUCACAUCCACUGUAUUAGAUCAGGCUGCAACUACGUGCUUCAUUCAACGGCUCAGCUAUAUUCUCACAAGCGGCGACAUGAGAGACGAGACUUUGAAAACGCGUACCGGAACUUCCGACAGGUCCAACGACAGUCCCACCAGACCCCAAAUCGUCAAGCUGUGCCACCGCAAGGUUUCACCUCACUCCAGACAAAACCUGCGUCCAUCCAACCGAACCCCUUGCUUUCCACUCUACCGGUUCUCUCGCCCGGGACACAGACCAGUAUUCCCAUGGGGCAACAGUCAAUUCCGUCGAUGUCACUGCCGCUGACCAUCAAAACGGAAGCGGGGAAGACGAUAGCAGUCCAGAAUGUCGUUCACACGGAGAUGGAUGGAAAACAGGUGCUGGUGCCUGGCACGGAUGUGAAAAGUCCGUCGAUUAUGGUUCCUGUUACGUCUUUAUCCGGGUCGUCCAUCGCCUACGGUAACGCUGUCAUUCCCAUCAGUGGAAUAAGUCCAUCGGCAUCUGUCAGCGGAAUACUUUCAUCACCGUCCAAAUCCUUAGGUGAUAUAAGUCCCGUAUCCGUUCCUGUUGGUGGAAUAAGUCCAGUAUCUGCAUCUGUUAGUGGAAUAAGUCAGUUAUCCACACCCAGUAGUUGCAUAAGUCCGUUAGCUGCACCCACCAGUGGUGUUAAUUUGUCGUCUGCACCUGUUGGUGGUACACCCCAGUCUUCUGCUCCUGCAAAUGAAGUCCCAGUGAAAAGGGAAGUCCAGUCACCCCCGGUCAGUAAAGCACCCCCUGGUUCGAUCAGUGCGGAACCUUCCUUGUUAUCGAACUACGGUGAUGUUGUGAAGGGAGAGAAUUUAGGAGAUUCAUUGACCCUGCCAAUUCCGACUUAUUCACAGCCGACAUCGGCGUCAAUGGUCGUGACUCCUGCGUCACCAGCACCAUCAGCACUGAUGUCAGCGACGCAGUCAUCUUCAGCUUCCCUGAACAUUAUGCAGCAGCAACGUGUGGCGGAAAAUUGGAGAAUUCCUCGUGAAAAAGACGAAGCUUGGAAAAGCUAUUUGAUCAGAUACACGGCGAACGACCCCUGCAACUCCCGCUGCCAGUACCUAUACAAGGAUCACUACCACUGCAAGGUGGACGGCUGUGUCGUGCUGUUCAGAUCUAAGGAUGGUGUCCGCGAACACGCCAAAUUCCAUGAAAUCCAGGACCGGAUCACGCCGCUGGUUUACAUCAAGUUCGAGGCAGACGAGGCGUGUCAGCACAGCUGUCAGUUCAGUCUGCAGGAGAAACACUACCACUGUAACUGGACUGGUUGUUCUCACGAAAUCCCGGCAUCUGGUCCAGCGUUCGCCCGCCUCGAACACUACCGAAUCCACGAAUACGCCAAAGCCUCCAUCGGGAAGGUCCGGUAUGGCAGCAACAAACAGGAAUCUGACAUCGAGAAACGCAGACGCGGCCGACCACCAAAAUUCCCCAAAGGCGAGAUCCCCAGAAUUCCAAAAGUCGAACUGCCCAACGACGUGAUCGCCGAAUCGGUGCGCCUGUUCAUUGAAGGAAAAUUCAACCAGGACAGCGACGUGAUCAACGGGUUUCAGCGUUUCCGGGCGGGAACCAGUUGCCCCGACGACCAGUGUCUGUUCUACAAGAAGGAGCACUUCCACUGCGCGCGGGCCCGGUGUCACCACGCCACGGACCGGCUGGACGUCCUGAACCUCCACGCAAAGGACUUCCACAACUUUGUGAAUAUUUUAGAAGGCUUCGAGUUCUUCGACCGUAACAUUGACUGCCGUCGCGUGCACUGCCACAACAACCGCGCCAACCGCCACUUCCAUUGCCUCAAGCCGAAGUGCGACUACUCGUUUGUGCGCCACAGCACGAUGGCGCAGCACGACAAGAAGCACCGGUAUGGGUCAGCAUCAGCGUCGGUAUUAUCGGCGUCGCAGAAAGUCCCGUCACUGCUCUACCAGAAGGAGAUGGCAGCGUUUAUCCCCAUCGUGCCAACCCAAACGUCCAUUGCGACCAACGAUCCCAACAGCAAGACUGUGAUAAAGCCCGCCGGCACGUUCUACCCGGUUUCGCCAUCAUCGAAGCGGCAGAAGAAUUCCGGUCCUCCGACCGUCCCACACAUCAAUCCGGCUCUCACGCAGUUGGUCUCGCAGGUGGUUUCAACGGCCAUUGUGAACGCCGGUUCGACGACCAUCAUUCAGCAGCCGAUGAUCAGUCAGAUGAUGCUGCCCAUGCUUCCAAUGCAGAUGGUUCCACCGAACACGAUCCCUCUAGCCAGUCUCCUGAAACAGAAGGGCCCCAACGCUCUGCCACAGCCCAACUGGGCUUCGCUGAAGAACCGGAUGCACUUCGCAAUUGACUCGAACUGCGGCCGGCCAUUCUGUAAGUUGAAGAAGCGGGACCACUACCACUGUCUGGAGUGUAACCAGGCCUUCUCGGAUCCCAUCCGGCUCCGUAUGCAUGUAGGUAAACACGGGAUCUCCUUCGAACGCUUGGAUCCAGGCAUGAGGGGGAUGAAACCGCAGGCCAUAGCUCCGAAACCGUCGCAUGUUCCGGUGGCUGUUCCGACGACAGAGUGCGGGCUGGAUCUUUCUAGCAACUCUCAAACAGGUGCAGGCACAGAUGUAAUUGAUGCUGUGCCAGAAAAUGUCUCGUGUGAGGACGUAUCUGUUAAUAAUCAAGAUGACAAAACCAGAGGAGCUAUUGUGAAUCUUAGAAUUGCGGAUUCCAAAAUUGAACUUUCUGAAGGUGUGGAAAAUAACAGCGGAUCGGAUUUUGAGCUUCACAUGGGAACAGUGGAUUCAGACAAUGACGCAGACGAACUGGGGUGUUUGGAAAUCGACGAGUCAUUCGAGGAACCGAAGUCGAGCGAUCACGACAACAGUUUCGAGGGUCUUACCAGUCCCGACGAAAGUUCUACCACUGAUGUUUUUGCGUCACUGAACUCUCGACGGUCGGGUCGAAAACGAACGCACACUCGCCACGACGAUUUCAUCGACAGCGAUUCUGCGCUCGUGAAGCCAAGAAGACUGUCGAGUCCUCGUCGGGCUGGAGACAAGGACGAAUCGGUGCCGGAUGGAUACCAGCGGUACUGGUACAACGAAGACUGCCGACAGUCGCACUGCGCCUACCGACAGAGUGUCACGCACUUCCACUGCUCGCGACCCGACUGCGGCUACGGCUUCAGUGACCGGUCGCGCAUGGUGCAGCACACGCUGCGUCACAGCCGGCUGAACACCAUCAUGGGGGACGAGUUCCAGCAGUUCCGCGUCACAGUCCCGUGCGGCCGAGCGGACUGCGAGCUGGCAGGCAAGUCGUCUCACUUCCACUGCCUGCGCUGCCCGUUCCUGUGCGCCGACUCCAGCAAGGUGAUGGCCCACCGGAAGUACCACGUGAAGCUGGACAACAUCAGCUCCCACGGCUUCCAGAAGUACACGGGCACGGAGAACUGUGGGGUGGAGGCGUGCACGUACCACAAGAAGCAGACGCACUACCACUGCACGUUCCCUGGCUGCCACCAUGCGGUGCUGGGACCCGCACAGUUCGCGCCACACAAGAUAAAACACUCCGAAGAAGAACUUAAUUAGAUUUUUUUUGGGGGGAGGGGGGGUACAUUAAAAAUAUUUUAGUAUCAUGAACUAUUUUCAUUACAUUAAAAUCUUUUUUUUUUUUAAAAGAAAAAAAUAUAUUAAAAAAAAGACGUUUAUUUUAAUGAAAUACAUGUAUUUGCUGUACAUGUACUUAGAAGCUAUCAGAACAAACGGUGGGUGGGUGGGGGUAAUCUGUUUACCAGAAUUUUAAAACCAGUUUUAGAAAAUAUAUAUUUAUUAUUUGUUUAAAAUUAUUAUCUAGGUAAUAAUUUUUGCAUUUGCCUUUAGGUUAGUUUAUCUGCAUUAGAUAUAAUUUGUCAUCCUUUACUUAUAGUACAUGUAUGUUACCAUAUGUUAAAACACAGACAUCUAAUUAUGUAGAAAACACAAGCUUUCCCCCCCCAUCUAGAUUUCACACUUCACAUGCAAGACUAAAUCAGUUUCCAGUUUAAUUUGAAUGGAAUUUGAUUUCUGUAUUUAAAUUAAGGCUCAGUGUUGAAAUUUACAUUCCAGUAGAAACAGAAUUUGACCCAGAUUUGUCAGUUAGGGCCAUUUCCCAUGUGUUUGGUUUUUUAACCAUGGGAUUCCAGAUUAAUUUUGGAACAGCCUAAUUUUAAUAGAACAAACAUGUAUAGGUUACUGUAAACCAGAUCAUUAUUGUUGUAUUAUUUUUUUAUUUUUUGUGUGAACAACAUUGAUAACUGCAAUGCAUAUCUCCAAUGAAAGUAAUGUAUGUGUAUAAAUUUUGCUACUUGAGUUUGGGCACAAGUGAUGUGAAAUUUAUAUGCAAGCAAUAUUUUCUUGAUUUACAGUAAUUAACUGCUGAUAUUUUAUUAAAUAUGCUGUAUUAGAAUUUCACAUUUUAUACAAAUGUUGACACAUUCCUUUUCCCUUUUGCAACUGGACAAGUGUGAAAUGAUACCAUGUGCUACAAAUGUAAUAGAAACUGCAUUCAGUUUUUACACAAAGUGUAACAAUUUAAAUAACAAAAAAAUAAAAGUAAAAAAUAUAUCUGUACAUUAAUUAUUAUAUAUGACUGGUGAUGUUGGUUUUUUUUACUGUUAGACUUUCACAUUUUAUAGAAAUGUUAAUAGACACAUCUUAUAUUAUUAGACCUAUUGAAAAUAACCCAAUUCAUAGUAUGAAUGUAUGUAUGAAUCUUGCAUGUAAAUGCAAUGGUUCUACUUAGUAGAAUUCUGUACAUUUUGUACAGUUUUUCAAGUUAUAAGAUGGCGGAGUUAAAAAAAAAAAAAAAAAGCCGGUUAUACACCACUGCUGAUAUUUAUUUAUUCUAUUAUUUUUUAAUCUGCUAGACUCACAUUUUAUGCAAAUUAUGAAUACAUACACGCCUAUGUUACUGGGUCUAUACUCAAAAUUACACCAUGUGUACCUGUAAACGUGAUGGCCUUUCUUAGUAGAAAGUUAUAAAUUACAUUAAAUUUGUAACUGUUCCUGUUAGGGAGCAUCAGAGUUUUAAUGAAAUCUGUACGUUACAUAACUGCUGAUCUUUUUGGUUUUCUUAUUGAAUAUGUUAAGACUAACAUUUUAUGCAAAUUAUUAAUACACAGCUUCUGUUACUGGGCGUUCUUACAAACUGCAUUCAGUUUGUACAGUUUUUCCAGUCAUAGGAUGCCAGAGUCUGUAGACUAUACAACUGCUGUUUUUGUUUUUUUGUUUUUUUUAACAUGUUAAAGACUUCAAUAUUUUAUGGAAUUAUUAAUACACUCUUUAUGUUACUGGCCUCUACUCAAAAUCACACCAUGAGCUCAUGUGAACAUGAUGGACUUUUGUACUAGAAAGUUAAAAACUACAACAAUUUGGAUCUGUUGCCGUCAAGGGGCACACAACUUUAACAAAAUCUGUAGGUUAUACAACUGCUGAUGUUUUUCUUAUUGAUGAUAUUAUUAAGACUUUAACAUUUUAUGCAAAUUAUUAAUACACACUUUUUGUUACUAGCCCUACAUUAAUUUUGUACAGUUUUUUUCCCAGUCAUAGGAUGCCAGUCUUGUACAGUUUUUUUCCCAGUCAUAGGAUGCCAGUCUUUAGGCUAUACAACUGCUAAUGUUGUUUUUUUUUUUUUUUUUUUUUUUUUUUAAUAUGUUAAGACUUCAGUAUUUUAUGAAAUUAAAAUUAUUAAUACACUCUUUAUGUUACUGAGCCUAUACUCAAAAUAUGCACAUGUAAACGUGAUGAACUUUUUGUAGUAGAAAGUUAAAAACUACAUUAAUUUGGAUCAAGGAGCACUAGAGUUUAACAGAAUCUGUACUUUAUACAACUGCUGAUGUUUUUAUUAUUGAUUAUGUUAAGACUAACAUUUUGUGCAAAUUAUUAAUACACAGCUUAUGUUACGGGCCAACUCAAAUUAAACCAUAUACACAUGUAAACAUGAUGGCCCUUCUUGGUAGAAAACUGGCAGGAUUUUUUACAGUUUUUUCCAGUUAUAGGAUGCCAGAGUUCAACGAAGCCUGUAGGAUAUACAACUACUGGUAUUUUUUGCUUACACAUUUUAUACAAAUUAUUAAUUCCAGUACACACUUUAUGUAAUGAGCCUUGUUGGUAGAAACUGCAAUGAUUUUGUAUAGUUUUUGUGGUCUUAGGAUGCCAGAGUUUAACAAAACCUUUAGUCUGUUAUGACUGCUGAUAAUUUGUGCUUACACAUUUCAUAUAAAUCAUCAAUAUUAUGACACACUUUAUUUUAAUGGGCUUUUUCAGUUAAUACUGCAAUGAUAUUGUAAAGUUUUUUCCAGUCUUAAUUUAAUUAGGAUGCCAAGAGUUUGACCAAACCUGUAGGUUAAACUGCUGAUGUUAGUUGGAAUAUGUUUUAUAUGAUUAUUAACACACAUCUUAUGUUGCUAUGGCUACGAUGUACAAUGUACACAUGUAGAUGCAAAGGGCCUUCUUGGAAAAAACUUUCAAUGAUUUUGUAAAGUUUUUCCAGUCAUAGUAUGCCAAGAAUUUAACCAAACUGUAGGUUAUGCAACUUCUGAUGCUAUUUUUGUAAUAUUUUAGAUUUUCACAUUUUAUAUGGUUAUUAAUACACACCUCAUGUUACUAGGGCAACUCAGAACAAUACCUUGUACAAUGCAAUGAUUUUGUACAGUUUUUUCCAGUCUUAGGAUGCCAAGCGUUUAACAAAAGCUGUAGCUUACACAACUGCUGAUAUUUUUUUGGAAUGUGUUAGACUUUUCACAUUUUAUAUGAUUAUUAACACACACAUAUUUUGUACCAUUCUUUCAGUCUUAGGAAGCCAAUAGUUUAACAAAAGCUGUAGAUUAUACAACUGCUGAUAUUUUUUUAAAUGUGUGACUAUUAGACUUUUCACAUUAUAUAUGAUUAUUAACACACACCUUAUGUUACUAGGACUAUUCAAUACCAUGUACACAUGUUAAAAUGUAGAUAAAAAAUUCUUCUUGACAGAAACUGCAGUGCAUGAUUGUAUACAGUGUUUCCAAUCAUAGGAUGCCAAGAGUUUAACAAAACCUGUAGGUUAUAUGACUGCUGAUAUUUGUUUUGGAGUGUGUUAAGACUUUUUCAAAUUUUUUACGAUUAUUAACACACACCUUAUGUUACUUAAAGUUUAUUAAUACCAUGUACACAUAUUAUGAUUUAAAUAAAAGGCCCUUCGUGAUAAAAACUGUAAUGAUUGUAUAGUGUUUCCAGUCUUAAAAUGCCAAGAGUUUAACAAAAGCUGUAGCUUACACAACUGCUGAUAUUUUUUUAAUGUGUUUGACUUUUCACACUUUUUUACGAUUAUUAACACACACCUUACGUUACGACAUUGCUGAUUCUCUGUUUAAUGUACAUUAAUUGAAAAUUAUUUUAUACACGUUGUUGUGUAGCUUACCUUAGUAGUAAUACUAUUAUAGUUUUAUUUUAUUUUAUUAGAGAUUACAAUGAACAAAUGGAGGCCAAACUGUGUGUGUUGUAGCACAAGAUAAUUAGUAUUAGGAUUUCAAAUGCUGCAUGUGUGUUUUAAAACUGUAUGACCAAUCUAAUAUCAGUGGCCUUUGAAAGGGGAACACAACCUGUCAGUGAAACAUUGCUAGGAUUCUUAACAGGGAUAAAAAAGAAAGAAAAAAGAAGAGGAUUUUUUUAAAAAUAGAGAAUAUAGUAUUCCCCUCAAAACUGUUCUUAUCAUUCUUUGAUAUACUAGUGUGCCUCGAAUAGCCAUCUAGUUUUCAACACUCUUAACAACAAUUAAAAAAAAAAAUUCAAGGUCAUUUCUAUUUCUUAUUAAGGACAAUCUGCUCAUUAUGGAGGCAUUGGGCAAACAUUUUAAACAUAAGAAAUAGGCAUAAAAGAUUUUGCAAUUUGUAUAGGUAGCAUUACACUAAAGAUUUUAUAAGCACAGACAUAUGAAAUAUUUUCACAAGAAGUGAAUAGUGUAUACAUCGAAAACGGUUUUCAGUUGGAAAACAAAAUUUCUUUUGCAGCACUUCAGAUUACUGAUGGGUUUGCGAAACAUUUAUGAAUUUGAAAAUAUUAAAUUUAUACAUGUAUCCUGACUGUUGUUAAAUAUAUAUAUUUUACUUGAUUAAAAAUACAUUUUGUUAUCUUGGUGCCAGUUUGAAUGAAUCAAUGUGCCAUUAAUUCCUGGCAGUAUUGUAUAUAUACAUUGUAUAUAUUUAAACAGACUUCAGGAACUUAAAACUAUUAUUAUUUUUGCAUGUUAAUUAAGUGGAUAAUUAAUUGAUGAAUAACAUUCCGCACUUCACAUUCAUUGCCAUUAAUGUGACUCUAUAAUACCGUUGAUACUGUUGUAUUUUUUUUUAAUUUACAUAAAAUAUAUUUUGAUGUAACGAUGUCCAACUGUUUUUAUCUCUUUACAACAUGUGUUGUUUUGUGUUAUUGUACCAGAUUGGUUAAAGGCAUGGUCAUACAGCAGUGACUUACCAUACUUAGGGCAGAUUCACACAGAUUACGUGAGUUGAAAUAUACAUGGUUUACUUUCCACUUCAGCCAUUUCUAAUUCUUGCUAUCAUAAAGCCAGUUUACAAACAUUGUGCAAAUGCACCUAGCAUUGGCAAGAAAUUAACAAACGUUUUUUUGUACGUUUUUUUUUUUAUGGAUAGCCAUUUAAGAAUAUAUCUAGCUCAGUCUUGGUUGAAGGAUCGAAUUACCUUGGUGGACCCAUUAUUUGACCCCCCCCCCCCCCACACACACACACCAUCCAAGCCAAUGCACCACCAUCUGUAUUUCAAAGACCAUGGUAUGUGCCGCCCUGUUUAUUUGAAAGUGCAUAUAAAAGACCCCUUGCUGCCAGUUCAGUUUCCUCUGAAGACUACAUGCAUGUCAGAAUUAUGAAAAGGUCUGACCAUGAUUAGUCAGUAUGCUCUAUACAGUGGCAUCAUCAAACAAAAUACAUCUUCACUUUUUUGCUAUUAGUAGGUGGCUGGAAUUACAUUAAUUUACGGGACAAAUUAAAUGUAUAUUUUCAGGUUAUAUUUUGUUGGCUCCUUGGCUCCGUAGCCCAGUGGUAAAGUGUUCACUUGAUGCAUGGUUGGUUUACGAUCGA